AUGGCCGGAGGCAAGGUUCGGAUACUCAUACUUGGGCGAGAGGCUAUGCCGCAGGAAACUUGGCCUGAUGUCCUUGGCGUCGCUAUAGUAAUUUUAAUAACAGCGAUGUUUAUGCUAGGAUUAGAGAGUUCCUGCACAUUUACCUUAUUAGCAGUAUGCGGAUCUAUAGGCUGUGGAAUAGUUUUAGUAAUUGCUAGCGUACUUUGCGGCGAUCCUAAUAAUUUAGUUAGAGAUGAUAAUUUAUUACCAUUCGAUUGGAAUAAGCUUUUAAUGGCAACAUCUUUGUUGUGCUCGGCAUAUAGCCCAUUAUAUCCAGUAGAAAAUACUUUAACCGUGAAAGCUGUUAAGAGGUUUAAAAUAUUCACAAUUUACACAAGUCCUGCUAUACUGUGCGCGAUAAUGAUUAUGUCUUUUAGUACCCUUACCGAAUUCAGAACACAUACAUCAGCCGCUGCCCUGCUGACAGUUCUCGAACCAUUCCGCAUAGAACCUGCUGCAGUAGCAAUGAGUUGCUUGUCACUUGUUGGAUUGACUGGAGCAAUAAUAGAUCUUUUCUCUGCUCUGCCAGCUAUGUUGUCAAGACUUGCAUCACCACCUUGGCGACUUUUAGCACGAAGCCUUUUGUACGAGAGCCCCGAAUCUGGUAGUCCUGUACUUGCCAUAUUCGUUGCAGGAAGUCUAUGUGCAAUAUUAUCAUUUGCUUUCCCAAUCUAUGUGCUAGUCCGGGUGUCAGCAGCAGGAGUAUUAAUAUCUGGCACGAUAUCAGCUUUAGAAGUAUUAUCAGCAGUACAUAAACUGGCGCAUCCAAGUCCACAAGAUGAGCAUGGUACUUCCUACAGUUGCUUAAAUCAGCCUAAACCAUCUCAAGACAGGCGCGGACCUCUUUGGUUUCUUAGGCCAUCCGUUUCGUGUCCAGCUUUUGGAACAAAUAUGAAUAGAACGCAUGAAAACAAAAGAGAACGAGAACGAGAAUGGUUGCUAUUAGGCGAGCCGUCUUCCCCGCUAAGUCCGACUUGCCCGGAAAGUCCGAACCGAGAUGCGCGUAGCCCCUUCUCGAGUCCGGAGCUUUUAGAAUCGGCUUUGGUAUCGGGGGCUGAUCGGCACAGCGACUCCACAGAUAUAGAUGCAGCCGUGGACGAAUAUAAACAGGAUGUUUCAAUUUUGCAACCGAUUGUCGAAACCAAAGCUCCUACAACAGCCACAUGGAGAAGAUCAGUAGUACUUAUAACUUGUGUAAGUUGUGUUAGUGCCAUUUUUGCAACUGCAGUAAUUCUGGAGAUGACAGAAGCUGCAAUCUCAUUUUCUAUAGUAUUGAUAUUUAUAACUGGUCUGUUUUGGUGGAUUCCUCGUCGCCCUUCUGAAGGUUUUGUAACAUGUGCCGCAAUUACAGUAAUAGUAAUAUCGAUUCUGCUAAUUGCUGAAAUUAUGCCAGAUACUUGGCCUGCUAUAACUAUUUGGAUUACUGCAGAGUAA